UGUGGAACACACCCCCCCAUAUGGAUAUUAUUCUCAUCUUAUGUCUGGUGAUGGCGAGCGGUGGAUCUGCCAUGCCCAGAUACAGCCAAUUGGGUAGACUGGGACCACUAUCGGCAGGCAAUAACGGCAAUAUGACCACCAUUAAAUACCCCGGACUGCAGACGGAUAGAACAACCUCGGCCACUCCGGUCUUCGAGUACUCCCUCUUGGGUGAGGACCCAAAAGAUCAGCACUGGUAUCGUGUUAGCCUCACUCCCAAGGCAAACAACUCAGCUUACCGGGCCCAGUUCGCCACUCGUAAGCAUCCGCCCUUUGAUGAGCAGUUGGCCCACCGGCACGAUAAGACCAUUCAAGACUUGCUUAACUGGCUGGACCGCUCCGAGGAUCAGAAUCUCUGGCAAACCUACCGAGAUCUCUUAGAGUACCCCUCGCUGGAAGCACACUCAGAACGAAAUGGCAACGAACUUGAACAUAAGGAGCAGGUGCCAAGAAAAGUGUGCGAUAGACGAGAUCAUUUGUUGUUGGUGGGGGAUGAGAGAACUACCACUUCCACACAACCAACUCCUAUCGAAGGCGAACUCAAGAGUGGGGAUGGCUUUGUGUAUUUCGUUAAAGGUCUUAAGCCAUCUACUGAGUCUGUGGUUCAUCAUUGAAUUAUGCUUUUUUAGUUCUGAAAAAUUGUAUUGCAUUUUAG